AUGUCUACGGGGUCAGACAGCGUGAGACAUAUUCAAAGAUGGCCGGGACGGACGCAAGCGAAUGAGAAUAAAGUGCCCACUCUACUCGUCUAUCCACACAACUCGUCGACGCCGUCAUCUUGGGGAUUCCUGGCCGAUACAGCGCAGGAAGUGAGCGGCGCCGGACACGAAAGCCGGGAGUGGUUCAAGAUCAUGCUGGACGAGGACCUGCUGGAACAGAUGCGGAAGAAUGCCAGCGACCCUUGGAAGCUGACUUGGGGGCAUCGCAGGUACACCGACUACUUCCAGUUCCUGUGCCGGGCGAUCGAAACUCGUCUCAAGGGAGAGCUUGCUAGCAGAUGGGAAGACGCAAAAAUCGAGUACAUCUUUUCAGUCCCAACUACUUGGAGACCUUUGCCCACCGUCGAGCGUUUUCGAAAAAUCAUCGCUGCUGCAGGCUUUGGCGCACAUCCCAAUCACACGGCUACAAUAGGCCUGACAGAGGCUGAGGCGGCAGCAGUACACACGGCGCGAAGUAUGCCUGGCAUCUUCAAAGAGAACGAGGUUCUCUUCGUCUGUGACGUGGGAGGCGGCACGACGGACCUGUCGGUUUUCCGUGUCAAGGAUACCAUAGGUGGGUCUUUGAGCCUCGAGCAGCUGGACGUAGUGUUCGGCGCGACCAUUGGCGCUGCGCAGCUUGACACGCUCUUCGAGAAUGCAGUACUUGAGCGACUGCAGCAUGCAGACCAGACCAUUUCGACAGGCUUGCCUGAUUUGGAUGCUGCUGCAUGGGAGAUGCGAAUCAGUAAAGAAUACCAGAAUGCCAAGUGCGAUUAUGGCUCUGAAGAAUCAAUGGCAGACACGGAAACGUUUGCAGUGAGGGUCCCCAAACUGGAUCCAGGAUAUACAAAUCAGGAAUGUGGCAUGAGCGGUGGUGACAUGCACUUCCAAAGAGACCACCUCAAAGCCUUCUUCGACACGCAGAUCUCAAAGCUGUUCGACAUGAUGGACAAACAACUCGUCCGUCUGCAGCAAAAGCAUCCUGACGAACAAGUCGCCCACCUCGUCCUCUCUGGCGGCCUCGGAAACUCCCCCUAUGUACAGUCGUGUCUGAGGUCAAAAUAUGCUGUUGGCAGCUCUUCACACAGCAACGCGCAAAGCAUCCAGAUUCGCGUAGCGCCAGAUCCUCAACUCGUAGUCUGCAAGGGCAACGUCGCCGACCGUGUCCAGAAGCUCAAGAGCGGCCGGUCGGUGCUGGGAUGGCGUUGUUGCCGUGCUUCUUACGGCACCAAAUGCAAGAUAUUGUACGACUCGAAUAACCCAAAGCACAUUGGCUUACGGACCGAGACCGACCCGCUCGACAGGAAGCCGUAUGUUAUCGAUUGCGUCGACUGGUUCAUCAAGAAGGGCGAAGCGGUAUCCAGCGACUUCCCCAUCGUGAGAGACUUCAGCCGCAAAUGCCCACCCGCGACCUCCACCAUGCCGGACCCGCCACGCAUAUUCCCCACCGACAUCAUCUGCUCCGAAGCAGACGCCGACCUGCUACCCUACGUAAUGAAUUCCUCCUGCCGCUCAAUCUGCAAAGUCGACUCCGAUUUCGCCAGCAUCCCCCUCACCCAGUUCAAGCUGAAGAACCGCCACUGGUGGAACAGCGGGCAGAAGUACCACCGCAUCAACUUCGUCGUGAAAGUGAACCUCGGCCCUGCAGACCUAUCCUUCGAGCUCUGGUACAACGGCGUCAAGCUCAGCAAGGACAAGGCGAUCAAAGUCGAGUGGCAGGCUGCAGCACCACCGGAGCCACUGCAGAGUCCUGUGGCGAGUGAUUUCCCGAUGAACAGCUUGCCCGCGGCUGCAAACAGGACGGGCGACGGCUUGGCGAAGAAGUCGAUGCGCGACCUGGGGAAGGUGGGUGGGUACGAGGAUCAGAGGGGGCCGCGGGCGAAUGUCGUCGUGCCUGCGCAUCAAAACGGUUCGACGGUUUGGUAG